AUGAAACGCUCACGAGAGCGGGAAGAAGUUAUAGAACACAGCAGCGACGACUCUGCAGACAACAUCGAUAUCCGGCAUAUCAGCAAGAUCUCCGAGCUCGAUCCUGAAUCGCCUGGUCCAGCCCACGAUAACACAACGCCCAUCAUGAGAUGCACUUUGCCGCCGCACAAGGAGCCCAUGUCCUUCAGGAGCUACGGCGAAUACGAGUCACAUUAUAACAAUGCCCACACAAAUCGGUGUCUGGAAUGCCGGAAGAACUUCCCGUCGGAGCAUCUCCUCACUGUCCACAUCGAGGAGUUCCACGACCCUCUGGUAGUAGUGAGGAGGGACAGGGGGGAACACACUUACACAUGCUUUGUCGAAGGUUGUGAGCGGAAAUGCUUAACAUAUCAGAAACGUCGCAUGCACAUGAUCGACAAGCACAUGUUUCCGAAAAACUACUUUUUCGCAGUCACCAAAGAAGGCAUCGACGGCCGCCGGUCUCUCCUCAUAGAGGGAGGGCACCAUCGGAGACAGUCCUCCAAUGCGGCGCAGUCGAAGGAGACCAAGCGCAGGGAGAGCCUACAGGGACUAACGGAGAACAAGGGGCCAGCGGACAGGAGCGCGGAGGACCCAGGCUGUCCGAAAUCAGGGACGCAGCAGAGGUCCCUCAAAGCCGGCACGGAGAGUCGAGAGACACCAGACGAGGAGAUGGACGAUCUGACGGGAGCUAUGUCCUCUCUGCAGUUCGUUCCGUCCAGUAUCAGGUUUGGGAGGGGCCGGGCAGGGUUUGCAAGACGAUAA